AUGGCGGAGAACGGUGUCCAACGCAACAGCUUGAAGGAAUUUCUAGCAUCAAUUGCAACCAUAAGAGGGGAUCUGUCCAACAUCACCGCGCCCCCAUUCGUCCUGGCCGACAAAUCGACCACCGAAUUCCCGCGAUAUUGGAUCGAACACCCUGAUCUAUUCGUCGCCCCCGCUCACGAACCAGAUCCGGCCAAGAGGAUCCUUGCGGUGUUGAAGUGGUUUCUCUCUAGUUUGAAGGGCCAGCAAUAUGCAGGGCGAGACCCCAAAGAUGGCGUGAAGAAGCCUCUGAAUGCAUUUCUUGGCGAAGUCUUCAUUGGCGAAUGUGGAUCCAAGGACGACGACACGAAACUCAUUGCUGAACAAGUCAGCCAUCAUCCACCAGUUACUGCGUGCUACCUUUGGAACGACAAGCACGGGGUGCACGCAGAGGGUUACACCCGCCAGGAGAUAACCUUCAACGGCUCUGUGAACAUUCAGCAGAUCGGUCAUGCCAUUCUACACAUCGACGAGUUCGACGAGGACUAUCUCAUACCACUGCCGAACGUGAGAGUCCAGGGAAUACUCACAGGCUCGCCUUAUCCGGAAUUGCAAGGGUCACACUCCAUUAUAUCUUCGUCGGGCUACAUCGCAGACGUCGAUUUCACCGGCAAGACAUUUCUUGGACUUAAAGGGGAGAAGAAUCAUGUCAGGGCAUCGGUCUUCAAGACAGAAGACAGAAACCAUAAAGAUCCCAUCUUUACCGCAGAAGGCAGCUGGUCCGAGAGCUUCGAGGUCAAGAAUGAGUCCGGCGAGGUGAUCGACACUUACGAUGUGGCCUCAGCAGAAUCGACAGACUUCCGCGUACCGCCGGUGGAGAAACAAGACCCGUGGGAGUCUCGCAACGCAUGGGGCGGCGUCAUCAAGUCGAUACAGUCGGGCCACAUGCAAGGCGUGGCAGACAACAAGAACAAGCUGGAGAACGCGCAACGAGCACUACGAAAGAAGCCCGAGACGAGCGAAGAAUCAUGGCGGCCGCUGUUCUUCAGUAACGAGACGAGGCAUCCUGUUGCGGAAAAGCUGCUGAAAGAAGUCGGCGAAACGCUGGACUCGGAAAGCACUUGUGGUGUGUGGCGAUUCGAUCGAGGAGCAGCGGAGCGUUUGCAAAGGCCCUGGCGAGGUGAACUGACCCCCUACGGCUGA